CGGUGUGCAAGGCCCCGAUCCGCCGCAGUAUGUACGGGCAGCCCGGACAGCAAGGGUACGGCAUGCCCUACGGCGGCGCGCCCUAUGGCGGCAUGCAUCCGGGCGCGGGAGAGUUCGUCCCCGGCAUGUACGGCGGCAACGGCUACCAGCAACCCAUGAACGGCGGCGCGUCACCGUACCUGCCUCCCGGCCAGCAGCCCGUGCCGCAGCAUCCGCCGCAGCAAAGAGCGGAGCAGCCGCCCACGGACGAGGAGCAGGCGUGGCUGGAGACGCAGAUGGAGAAGGACGAGCAGGCGAAGCGCGAGGCUGGCGACAGCGAAAAGCUCAAUGCGGCGGCCGCGGCGAGCGCAGCGGCGCCUGCGGCGGACGGAGGCUUUGACGACGUCAUGAAGAUGAUUGAGGAGAACCGCCGGAAGAAUGAGGCCAAGCGCGCCGCGCAGUCUGCCCGCAACGCCGAGAUCACUGCCGCCUUUGAGGCGCGCAUGAAGGGCGGACAAUAGAGCGCCCACGAGCGCAGUGAGAGUACUGCUCCCGCCUGGCUGAAUUGAACUUUCUACCCCCUCCCCCCUCCGUACCCGCCCCCUGCCCGCCCCCGCCCUCCCUGUGGUGCUGUACGCUCCUCUUGGCUUAGAUUCCAGCCUCAUGCUCUCUCGUCUUCCUUGUCUGACUCGUCUUCUUCGUUCUUGCGUUGCGUCGGCUGCAUGCUUGGUAUGCGCUAUGCCUCCCUGUAUCCAUUCUCGCCGGGGGUGUGCGGCGCUGCGGAUCUGUGUUCUGCUUUUUACUCGCCUCUGUGUUAGCCCUA